AUGCCGCCGCUUGACUCACCUUCAUCCAACACAGAAAGCACCCCAACUAGCAAUGAUGAUCAAGUAAUUUCUAAGAAGAGAUCACAAUCCAUUAGUUCCGGUGGUAGAAAGAAAAAGCGGUCCUUGGGAGUAUUCCCUUGCACACAUUGUGAUAAAGUUUUCACUCGAUCGGACCAUUUAGCCAGACAUAAUUUAAAUCAUGAACCCAAAGAAGUUUAUGUUUGCGACUUUGUUAUGGAUUAUCAUGGAUCAAAGUCAAAAUGUGGCAAGACUUUUGUAAGGAAAGAUUUAAAGGAAAGACAUAUCAAAAGGCAUUACGAAUUGACGAAUUUGGAAAAAGAAUCUGAUGGCAUUAACAACAAAGCUUUAAAGAAAAGAAAAGGAAGCACUAGUAGCAAUACUAGCACUUCACUGACCACUGGAAUGCAUAUAUCUAAUAUUCUAGAUGAUCGAUUACCCCAACCCCUGUCCCCAGCCCCACCGUCACACCAACAACAAUCUGGUACCUCUACUUCAAGGAAAUACAGUAUAAAGCCCCAUGCUUCACCGCAAUGCGCUAACAUGGUUCAUCAAAACACCUUACCGUCACAAACCCAAUCAAAUGUACGUAUGUCUACCAACGGGAUACUGCAAAAUCAGAAACUGCUUCAGAAUCUUUCAAACUCAAUUCCUGCUGUUCCCACACAACAGUCAUCUCCAGGAUAUCAAACAACUAUCCAAGCAAACAAUUUUGUUCAUAUCCAAAACGAAUUGAACAACUUUAACAAUUUGAAUAACUUAAACAACUUGAAUACGUUGUAUAAAUCAUAUGGUACGACGAUUCCUCAGAAUGAUAUAUUGUCGUGGCUAUUCAAUGACUCACCUCAAGGAAACUCUUUGGUGCAGUCUUCCCCAGAAACACAACAAUCAAUGCCCAGAAGAUCUUCACAGCCACUCCCUUCCUUGCAAGAACAAGAAGUUCAAAGCCAAGUCCCAUUAACUUCCCAAUUCCACCCAAUUCCAUCUCCAUAUGGAGGGUCUCAGUUCUCACCCAUGGCUGACCAAAUCCAAUCAGGGCUUUCAGUGCCCGUUUCCUCGGCAUUACCUACUGGAAUCCCAAAUUACCCGUUUGAUAUGAGCGCGUUUUCGAACGGAUAUGGUGCUGAUGCUAAUAUAUUUCUGACUGAUGACAACCCUUUGGAUAAUAUAUUGUACAAAAAUUACCAUACACUUCAAAACUCAAAUCAGUUAGUUGAUACCAGCAAAGACGACUCGUUGCGCAGCAUUGGAGUAAGCAUAUCAUCGGCAUCUCCUACAAAUACAGUUGAAUCCAGUAAUGAUAACACCACAGAAAAUGCCCAAGAAGAAGAACAUGUCUUUUUCAAUCACCGAGAGAAGAAUAUUCCUACCAAUAGACACUGCUUUAUUGAACCAAGUAUCUUAAAUCUUAUGCUACAAUCAAUCGGGGUCUCUCGUCAAGAUUUACCAUUUGACAGUAAUUACCCACUAGAGCAUAGAUUUUCAUUUUACUUAUACCUGUAUUGGAAACAUUUCCAUUCACAAUUUACGAUAUUGCAUAAACCUUCAUUUGAUACAAAAUCAGCAGAACCAUUAUUGUUGAUAGCAAUGGUAUCAUUAGGCGCUUGUUAUAGUUUCCCGGAAAAUGCCCUUUUAUUAGCAAAAGAAUCUAAGAAAUCAGCCGAGUUUAAAUUUGCGUUACAGUUAGCAAAACCACUAAGGUUUUCCAUAUUUGAACAUGAGGAUUUCAAGUCACCAGUCAAAUUAUGGAUUUUACAAAGUUUAAACAUGUUAGAAUGGGUUGAGAAAAACUUUUUAACCAGAAGAAUGCACGAGCGUGCUCACUUACACCAUGGAACAACAGCCCAACUACUACGAAGAAGCCCGUUGUUGGGUGGGAAUCCAACUCAUCGCAAAAAGUCUCAUGCUAAUAGUACUUCCUCCAGUGCUGGUGAAGAAAGCGAGUUAGAAGACAAGAACAACACUAGUGAUACAACUGACCACGAUUUAUUUGAAAAAUGGGUAGAGUCUGAAGGUAUGAAACGUAUAACUUUUAUGACCUUUUAUUUGGACAUCAUUGAUUUUAUCAAGUUUAGACAUAAUCCUCAGAUUUUAUUCUAUCAGUUACAAUUGUUGAAUUUACCAUGUGAUGAUGAACAUCUUUGGGAGCUGACUGAGGUUAAUGGAUCGUUUAAAAAAGUCGUUCGAAGACAACGCAAAUUACAAGAUAGUAACAUUACUACAUCUCUUACUACUUCCAAUAAAAAGAAAAAGGCUAAAAGUGAUAAUUUUUUGGCAGCAUUGAAAAAAAUUUUGAAAUCUGAUAAAUUGAUUGAACUCAAGAAUAAAUCUAUUUUUUGUCAAAAGAUACUUUUGGCAGGGCUAAUAUCGUUAAUGCAUCAGAUGCAACAAAGUGAACUACAAAACAGUUCUUCAUUAUUGACAAUUCAUAAUUCCAAUAGCAACAGCAAAAUUUGGAAAGAAAUGUUAAUUAGAUCAUUUGAUAAUUGGAAUUUCGAAGUCAUGCAAACUUUUAAACGUUCCAAUAAUAUGGGAAUUUCAAUGUAUAGUGUACCCAACAGUAAUGUUGCCUUCCCUAUAUUCUACUUGACACAAAUAAUUGGACUACCAGAAAUAAACCAUUAUGACAUUGCCAUAUUUGCAGGUUCACCAGCAAACCAGAGUGUGGAUGCUACCCUUAAAGAUCAUUUUAUGGUGCAACAAAAAUUAAAUAACAUUUGGUCCAAAAAUAAUAAAAAUAUAGAAAACAUUCGUGGUAUCUUUUAUUGUUACUUUUUCCUAUGGACCUUGAUGAUAGACGAGAAUGGUAAUAAAUUAGAUUGGAAUCCAAACUGUGAUUAUUAUGAUACGGUCAAUGCAGUCAGCACUGCUACUUUGGUUUUAUGGAGUUAUUGUUUCACAGUUGGAGGGUUAGAAAGCAAUAAAUAUACUGAUGGAAAUUCUGCUAUGGACCCAACAAUUUGUGCUGAGGAUGGAUACGACUAUCUAUCAAGAAUUAUGUCGACUUUAUUGGCAUCACAGCAAUCAGAUAAAGUCAAUUUUGGUCUGGUUGCAAAAUAUUGUGAAGUCUUACAACUGAUCCCUAACAAACAAAACAUCAGUGGCUUGUGCUUUCUAAUGGCAAGAAAAUUAAUGACCAGUCAAUGGGAAGUGCUUAGAGAGCACGCAAAAUUGAUCUUCAAUUGCGGAUACCGAUCGAUAGGUAAGAGAAGUGUUUUAUGUCCUGAUCUAUUCGACAACGAGUUUCAAUAG